AUGAUAACCCUCCAAUUCUUGCUCAAUUUAUGCAGUUAUUUCAUCACGGCAGGAAUUGUAAUUUUCCUAUUGUGGUUUCUGUAUGCCACCAUCAUAUUGUACAUUAAUUAUAAAAAGCUUGCACACAUUCCUGGUCAUUUCCAAUAUUUAUUUGCUCCAUUCCGAAUUCCUCUUCUUGCUCCUCGUAUUUAUCUUGGCAAUUUUGAAGGAAUUGAAAAAGCCUUUGAUGAAUUUUCUGAUGGAAAUGGAGUUUUGAGAAUGUCAUUUGUGAGAGGCAAUACUGUCAUGAUCAAAAACAAGCAAAUGCUCAAGGAAUUCUUUGUAACAAAACAAUCAAGUUUUGAAAAACCAGAAUUCAUCUAUAGCAUGUUUGAAAUGUUUGGGCAGAAUGUGUUGAGUGCACCAGAUGUUUCGGAUUGGAAGAGACAUCAUAAAGUGGCACAUCCAGCAUUUUCCAUUGAUAAUUUGCAGUACAUGUGUGAGGAGGCUGUGGAAUGCACUGAUUUGUUGGUGGAUCGUUGGAUCAAUAGCCAUUCUGGUAAGAGUUUCGAAUUGAAAGAUGAUGAAAUUGGUGAAGCCAUGUCUACCGUAACUGUUGAGGUUUUAGGUCGUGCUGGAUUGAAAGUUUCAUUUGGAAUGUUUGAUAGAGAGGAUUCACAUGCUGAGGAGUUCAAGAAUGCAGUUAAUUUGCUAGUUUCUAAGGGUCUUUUAGUACAGAGAUUCUUUGGAAAGAAUCCAUUUCUCUACAAGUGGUCACAGAGAUUAUUAGGAGUGGAUAAAGCUGUUUCCAUUGUGAAUAGAGUUUUGAAUAAUAGUAUUGUGGAUAGAAAGAAGGAAUUGGAAAGUGAUUUUGGUAAUUUCUCAAAGAAGGACAUUCUGAGCUUGUUGGUCAAGGCAAAUGCUGAGGAAAAGACCUUGACAGAUAUGGAGCUAAAGAGCAAUUCAUUGAUUUUCUUACUUGCUGGAGAGGAGACAACAUCCUCAUCGUUGCAAUGGGUUUUAUACGAGUUGGCUAAACACCCUGAGUAUCAGAAAAGAGCUAGAGAAGAAAUCAAUUCAGUACUUCCUAACAAGGCAAAGCCAAAUUAUGAAACUGUACAAGCAUUGCCAUUCACAACAGGUGUUAUUUUGGAAGCUCUUCGUCUUCAUCCUCCUGUCUUUUCAGUUGCCAAACAAACAGUGAAGAAUGUCAAGUUGGGAGAUUAUGAAAUUCCAAAGAAUACCCUUGUCACUGUGUUCAUUUAUGGAGUGAAUAGAAGUAAGGAAUAUUGGAAAGAUCCUGAAGAGUAUCAACCAGAUAGAUUUAUGGAUAUGGAGCUAAGAAACAAAUCUCAACAUGAUUUUACAUUUCUUUCAUUUUCUAUGGGUCAAAGAAAGUGUAUUGGAUUUCAAUUUGCUCAACUGGAAGCUUGUAUGAUUUUGGUGCGCUUGUUGCAAAACUUUGAAUUCACUCUUCUGAACGACGAAUCCAAAGAGAAAGUCAGGGCUAUGAAAAACGUUACAAUCAGACCAGCAAAUCUAAAAUUGUUGAUCAAGCCAACAAAAUAAAUAUUCUUGGUACUUGGUCGUCAUCUU